AGUUCUCUUCUGGCCGCAUGGUGCCAUGGCAACAGAGACAGGCUGUAACCUGGGUUCCGGAAGAAGAAAGCUGGAGCGUGGAAACUACCCGGUUAAAGGAUGCUGAGUCCCGAGCGCCUAGCUCUACCGGACUACGAGUAUCUGGCUCAGAGACAUGUCCUCACAUACAUGGAGGAUGCAGUGUGCCAGCUGCUGGAGAACAGGGAGGAUAUUAGCCAGUAUGGCAUUGCCCGGUUCUUCACUGAAUAUUUUAACAGCGUAUGCCAAGGAACUCACAUUCUCUUCCGGGAAUUCAGCUUUAUACAAGCCACACCUCAUAACAGGGCAUCCUUCCUUCGAGCUUUCUGGAGAUGCUUCCGAACUGUAGGCAAAAAUGGUGACCUGCUGACCAUGAGGGAGUACCACUGUCUGCUGCAGUUGUUGUGCCCAGAUUUUCCACUGGAGCUCACUCAGAAAGCAGCCAGGAUUGUGCUCAUGGACGAUGCCAUGGACUGCUUGAUGUCUUUCUCAGAUUUCCUCUUCGCCUUCCAGAUCCAGUUUUAUUACUCAGAAUUCCUGGAGAGUGUGGCUGCCAUCUAUCAGGACUUGCUGUCAGGGAAAAACCCCAAUACAGUGAUUGUCCCAACAUCAUCCAGUGGGCAACACCGCCAAAGACCUGCCUUGGGUGAUGCUGGUAUGCUGGAUGGAGUGGAAGCAUCACUGUUCUAUCAGCGCCUGGAAAACCUGUGUGACCGGCACAAGUACAGCUGUCCACCACCAGCGCUUGUCAAAGAGAUCCUGAGCAAUGUCCAGAGACUGACUUUCUAUGGAUUCCUUGUGGCCCUCUCAAAGCAUCAUGGGAUCAACCAAGCCCUGGGAGCUUUGCCUGACAAAGGAGACCUGAUGCAUGACCCAGCCAUGGAUGAGGAGCUGGAACGGCUGCUGGUCCAGGUCCCAGGCCUGGUCAACUCCAUCACUGCCACUUCUGAGGCCAGCUGCCUGCCUUCCCGAACCCCUCCCCGGGUUGGUUCCCCAUGGAAACCCCUCCAUCGCUCCCGCAAAUUGGAUGCAGAGAGCGAUGGCUCCACUGAAGAGACAGAUGAGUCUGAGACUUGAAUCUGAAGGGUUCCAUCUGUGGCCUGUACCUUGUUCCCACCACCCUGCUUUUGCUGCCCUUACCAGACUUCUCCAGCAUCACUGUGCCGCCCUCAGCUGGAGAAAAGGGUGAAUAACAGCCCUAGUAAAACCAGCCCAGUUCAAUGAUCCCAGAAUUCCCUAACUCAUGCUCUCAGCGCAACCCGUUGGGCCCUAAGCUGACAUACUGUCCCAAGGCCACUUCAUCACAGAGAAAGGUGUUGGCUUUAGUCUUCUGUUGGCAGGGCUGCUUAUGCUUUAAGUACAGUGUCGUCUCAGCCAGCCCAUGAUCCUCCUAGUAAGGGUAAUUUUUCACAGCAGCUCUUACAAGGGAAACAUGAAUUAGUAAUGCAGGGUCUACAUGUUGGAGGGUGAUUCCUGAGAGCAUGUGCUGGGAAGAUGUAUCAACUGGCCUUCUACUGGAGAGAUCGGCCACUAGCAGGAAUAAGAGGGAGGAUGGGCAAGAACUUCACUUUCAAAAUCUGCUUCAAGUUUGUAUCAAAUAGUCAAAUCUGUGAAAUGAAUAAAGUCCCUUGUGUCUGGUAA